UUGUGUGUGAAAGUGAUGCGGUAUUUGCAGUUUUGUUUAGUGCUAUUGUACAGGAACCUGAUUUCAGCAACCUGCUUCUGUUUUAGCGUCAGCGGGUGGGCGCGCGCGCGGUGGCGUCGCCGCUGGCGUGUGGCGUGCGCGCGCGACUGUAAACGCUCCCCGACGCCGGACCAUGCGCGCAGUGCCGCCACGCCGCGCCGGCCGACCGCGCGCACCAUGCUCAACAUGAAACUUAAGGAACGCCUCGCGCUCGCCGUCAGCGCCUUCCUCGUCCUCUUCACGCUCAUGCUCAUCGUGGACCUCCAGAUGGACUAUGGCAUCUCUGGACACAGAGUCCCGUUGCACGGCAGAGUCAAAAUUGGAGAUGAAACGGAUAAAGGACAUUCUGCGUACAUUGAAUUUCGGAAGCGGUUCCUGCAGAAAAGUAACGGAAGUAAUACAUCUCGGGAGUUCGACCAGUCAGCUCCAAGUGAAAUAAGUGGUGUGGAAGCUGAACCCAGAACUCCGACUGCUCCAGCUGAUCGCUUCGAAGACCUUCAAAGAAUACUGGUCAUGCAACUCCAGGGGAAAUCGGAAGAUAACCCCGUGGUGAUACCUCCACACAAAGACUUGAAUGUAUUGCGACCAGAAAAUCCGACCAUUGGUGAAAUGGAGGAUCUAGAACCUAGUGUGAAUGCAUCAAAUUUAGAAAAGUUUCAACUGAAAAUAGCGCAACACGAGCUGUAUGAAGAAGGCGAGCCUUUAGUUGAGGAGGUUCUUAAAGAUAUGGCAACUUCACCAAUUUUACAUGCCGAGCAAAAAGAGGGAGGAACUCAAUUGAAGCUUAUAAUGGACUACCCCAAUGGCGUACAAGCUUUAUUCAAGCCAAUGAGAUUCGCAAGAGACGUACAAACAUUGCCCAACCAUUUCUACUUCUCUGAUUAUGAGCGGCACAAUGCUGAAAUUGCUGCAUUCCAUUUAGACAGGGUGCUAGGAUUCCGUAGAGCGAUGCCCGUAGUAGGUCGCCUUGUAAACAUGACCACCGAGAUUUAUGACGUCAUCGAGGGUGACAUCCUGAAGACCUUCUUCGUGUCUCCAGCCAACAACUUCUGCUUCCAUGGCAGAUGUUCCUAUUACUGCGACACGGGACACGCGGUUUGUGGCAACCCAGACAUGCUGGAAGGGAGUUUUGCCGCGUUCCUUCCUUCCUCCGAUCUGGCUAAACGAACGGUAUGGAGGCACCCGUGGAGACGAUCUUACCACAAACGGCGAAAAGCCACGUGGGAGGUGCAGUCUGAUUACUGCGAGAAGGUGCGAAAUACUCCACCGUACGACUCAGGAAGAAGGAUGUUGGAUCUAAUGGAUAUGUCCAUUUUCGAUUUUCUCUCCGGCAAUAUGGACAGGCAUCACUACGAAACAUUCAAAAUGUUCGGGAACGAAACGUUCACGCUGCACCUGGACCAGGGGCGCGCGUUCGGGAAGGCGUUCCACGACGAGCUCAGCAUACUGGCGCCGCUGCUGCAGUGCUGCCUCGUGAGGCACACCACACUUACCGUACUUUUGAAAUUCCACAACGGAGUGCCUUUAUCGACAGUCCUUCGGGACUCGAUGAGGGCAGACCCCGUGGCGCCCAUACUGUGGGAGCCGCACCUCGCCGCGUUAGACCGAAGAGUCGUCACUAUACUCGAUGCAAUCAGAAAAUGCAUCGAAAAAGCAGAAAACCCCUUGAAAAAUGAAAUCAACGAUUUUGUAUGACCUAUACGGGCUACGACAUCAUGUGAAUAAGUGAUAGUGAAAAGUGACUAUGAUUGCGCAUGGCAACUGUGCGUAAUGCAUUUGUAUAUUAUAGCUGUUUUACAUAUUUCAAAUAAGAACUGCUGAAGAUUUAUAAUCGUAUUGUAAAAUUAAUAUUAAGGUUGAGACUGCUUUUAAACGCAACUGAAGACUGUUGCUUAAAAUAAUUGGCUUCUAGUAGCUUCCUAUCUUACCCGGGUUAGAUAAUGUUUUAUCUAAUCGAAUACAAAUAAGAAUUAUGAAGCUGACAGUCUGAUAUGUUUAAAGAUACUGGAAGUUCCUGUUAAAAUAAUUUUUAUUACGAAUAUGUUUUUAAAUUAUAGUGGUGGAGGAAAUAUAACCUGGCUCAGUAAAUAAUAGAAUCCCAAAUGCUCAAUGGUUCAAUCGUUUUUAUUCAUUAUUGACACAGGUUAUAUGUCGGAUAUUGCGCUAGUCCACAUCUCUGUAUUCGUGAUUUAGCGAACUUAUUUUUAAGGUUACACAUUGCGAGUCUUUGGUUGAAAAGACUAAAGAUUUUGGUGCCAAAGAUUGUCCAAAUGUUUUCAGACGAUAUUCAGCGAUUUGACUCCAUUCCACUGGGAACAUGAGCCAUGGAAAUGCCAAAUGAACUACAUAAACACUAUUUUAUUAGCGAGUUUGUGAGACUCGAUUCGAAGUAUUGUUUUAAUGUUGUAUGUAUAUUAUGAAAAAGUCAGACGACUCGUACGGCUCGUACUAUUGUAAGUGCAAAUUGUACAUAAUUUUAGUAAAUGCAAUUAGACUUAAGUUAAAAUGUUAUAUAGGAUCAUUCGCUUUUAUUUUCGUUGUGAAUUCUGUUACCAUAGCUCAAAGCUCAAGAAGACACAUAUCAUUAUUAUACAGGUCUGUAUGUGAUAUAUUUUAUAUCUAUUUAUAAGAAAUUUUAUAGUAUCUAUUUGUGUUAUUAUUUUUAAUAAUCCUUCGAGAUAUAUUCAAUGCAAUUUUUUUAAUUAUAUCAUAUUUGAUUUUUAUUUUCGUUGUUAAAUGCUUUUCAGAUUUUUAUUACUUUUAAGAUCCUGGCAAUUGUCUCGCGAUUUGAUCUCAUGAUGAAAUUCAGUUCAUUACGUUGGUAAGAUCUUCAGUAAGUAAUAUAUGUAAUGAUUUUCCGUAAUCGUAAGGUGAAUUGUGUUGUCUGUUUUAUCUGUAUAAUUAUUUAUACUAGAUUUAACUAAAAACUAGAGCCCUACUUAAUCAAAAUUCAUAUAUAAUUACGAAUAUGUAACCCAUUAUAUUCUAUAAAUUAUAUUAUCAAUAAUUCGAGGCUUUUUAAUGUUAAAUUUGACUUGCCAAAGAUGUACCUAUGGAUGAUUUGAUUCUGUUUAGUUAUAAAAUGUUGUAUAGCAUAAUGUGACGCGGCUUGAUUGGGUGUUUCCGUUGGUUGUUAAUAAAUUUGAAAAACAUAA